UGCGAGAACUGCAAGACUACAGAGAGGUCUAGAGUUGUUCUCAGAAUUCAGGGGUAAGGGAACUAGAACACAGUAUCAUCAACAUCAGCAGCAGUUGUAGCAGCAGGGAGCCGGGGCAAUGGGAGUGGAGAAGCAAGUGUUGAGGGCUGGAACUGGUCCCAAACCUAUUCCUGGUCAGACCGUCACCGUCCACUGCACUGGAUUUGGUAAAAAUGGUGAUCUCUCGCAGAAGUUUUGGAGCACAAAGGAUCCUGGGCAGAAGCCUUUCUCGUUUAAAAUUGCGCAAGGUUCUGUUAUUAAAGGAUGGGACGAAGGUGUGUUGGGUAUGCAAGUGGGAGAAGCUGCUCGUCUUCAG